GGGAAGCUGAACUUGAGGGUAGAAUGGUCAAGAAUGACGUAGGGCAAGUCCUCUGAAACUUGACGAACUGCUUACCGGUCUACCCCUUGUUACUCCUGUCAGCAGUGAAGAUGCCGGACACCGACGGAAUCGAGCGGGGCCCGACUGCUACACCGGAGGACUUCGUCAAGGCACUCGAGAAAAGGGAGUUGGCACGGCUACAAGUACCAAAGAUUGACAUCUUCCAUUUUGAAGAGGAGAGGGUGUCAAAGUGGCUGGAGCUCCUGGAACAGAUUACUGCCGAGGUGCCAGAAGCGGAUAAAUUCAAGUAUCUACCUCGAUACAUAUGGUGGGAAAUUCGGCCAGAAAUCAUGAAAUUGGCUGUUGGAGCAGGGGGAGACUGGGAAAAGUUCAAGGAUGAAAUGCAAAAGCGGUUCAAGCUAGGAGAUGGCUUGCUGACAAAGACGGAUCUGGAGAUGCUACAGCGAGAUGAGUUUUCCACGGUGGGGGCAUUUGCAACGACAUUCGAGAAGAUGGUGAAGAAAGUCCCAGGAUUGGCAAAAGAGGAACAGUGUGCUACCUUCCUGGGGCACUUCAAAAAUUGGGAAGCCUCGUCGCUUACCAAGAAGGUUGCUCCAGGGAAGAAGCUCACUUGGGAUGCCAUAAAGGAAGGCGUAAUGGACGGAGAACUGGACCAGGUAGACAUCUUCCAGAUGAGACAGGCUAGGAAGAAAAGGAAGGCCUUAGACGCUACAACGAGUGAUGGGCGCGACUUCAAGAAAAUGGUGGAGGAUGCGGUGGCCCAACUUGAUGCAGCGAAGGAGGCAAGAAGGAAAACUAUGGCGGCACCACAGAUCCAAAGUAAAGCAAAGAAAGCGGUGGUGCAGGAGGAAGAAGAAGAGGAAGAGGAAGAGGAGCCUGAGCCGCAGAAGUUGACAAAGGCUCAAAGGAAAGCAAGGAAUUUGGCUCAAGGGGGGCAAGGCUCAGGGAGGGGCCAAGUCCCACAAGCUGUAGCAAUGCCACCCCCAGAGUCACUCAGUCAGGCUGCACCAGCACACUGUGGGCCAUGGCCAGGUUGUGGACCUUCAAGUCAUUGGCAUGGACACUGUUUGUACGCCCCAUGGCCAAUGAGUGGGCCGCAUGGGUCAUGUGCCGGACCGCCGAUGAAAACAGUUUCUUGCGGCUGCCCGGGACCCCAAACUCAGCAGGUGAGCCACCCAACCCCACCGCCUAACCAACCUCAGCAGUCAGGCCCACAAGGAUCGCAAGGCAACCAAGGUGGUGGACGUGGUCAGAAUCAAGGAUGGGGUCGAGGGCGAGAGAAUGGUGGCCGAGGAAGAAAUGACAGAGGGAAUGGUGGUGGUAACGCUGCAGGCAGGGGAAACGAGGACUGGGCGGCCUCUGGAAGUCAAGGUGGUCAGGAAGGUGGAAGAGGCGUUAGCAGAGGAAGGAUAGAUUGGAGAAAUGUCAUUUGUUGGCACUGCGGGCAGAAAGGCCACACUAUCAAGUUCUGCCAUGUAAGGAGAAAUGAUGAGCACGAAGGACUGAUCAGUACUAACUAUGAUGGGGAUAUGUACGACAAGUGGGGGUACCACCUUGAUCCAAGGACCCCAGGCGGGACAAGGAAGGAGGCCCURCGACGAGCCGAGGCAGGUGAACCACCCGCUCCUCCAGCCAUGUUUCGGAUGUGGCAGGAGAAAGAGGUCCGUAGUGACAUUAGGGUGGAGGAGGUAGGAGAGACCGAGGAGGUGGAGCAAGAGCAGAAAGCCGACACUACUAAGGCAGAGCCCAUCAUAGUAGAGUCGGACGAUGAGAUUGAAGAAGAUUACUGGAACAGGCCGUUGCAUGCUGAGACAGGGGAAGACUAUUGGAGAACGGCCCGACAGGCAAUAGAGAGAAUGGAGGACCUGAUAGACAAAGUCGGGAGAUACCAACAGAAGUUGGCUGAUAUGUGCGAAGAAGUGAAGGAGUGGCAAGGUAAGGAGCCAUCGGUAUACCUCUACGACCAAGGUCCGGGAUCGCAAGGAGGAUCCGGGAAUCUACCAAACGUCGCGACCUCAGGAGCGAUGCCUCGAUCCGGAAUGACUUUCAGACCACAUUCCCGGACGGGGAGGCCGCCAUACGCCGUCAGAACGAGGGCUAAAGGGUCAGUGAUUCCCGAAGAACCAGCCAAGGAUGUUCCAGAACCAAGUGGAGAGAAGGAAGUUGUGGACGUUCCAGAGGGAGUGGAUGAUGAGGAUGACAGGUUGAGGAAAGAGGAGGAUGAGAAGGCUGAACAGCGAGCCAAAAAGAGAGGUGCCAAGCCGGACACAGACAAGGCACAGGAAGUAAAGAAGAAAAGGUAUACGGUCCGCGUAGAGGAAGGGUUCGACGUAAAAGAGAUAAUGGACAGGAUUCUCGAAGGUCAUAACCAUCUUAUGAACCUGAAGGAUGUCCUGGCCUCAGCGCCCAAGCUCAAGGAUGAGCUAAGGGCGCGACUAUCCAGGAAGAUGGUGACCAGCGUGCGGUUAGGGACUAUAAUCCCUAAGGAGGCUGAGUGGGCCGAGACAGGCAUGAAAAUGGACUGGAAGUCAGUAGCCUGUGGGUGCCUCGAUGUGGUGGUAAAAGGGAAGACGUGCACAACAAUGGUGGAUAGCGGCGCAAAAAUGAACCUCAUAAAGGAGGCAGAUGCAGUGCGUCUAGGGAUGGAGGUAGAUCGCUCCGACAACGGGGUUCUGAUGGGAGCAAACAGUCGGUCGAUUUUCUUAGGGACCGCAUCGUCUGUGAUUCUAGAGAUUGGGAAGGUAAAAGUAAGAAGUUGUUUUUUCGUGAUGCCUGAUUUGGACCACCCUAUCCUACUGGGUAGGUCGUUCCUAAGUCGGACAGAGACGGUCAUUCUCAACAAACAUGACGGUGUCAAGCGCAUCAGCCCCCGCGCGAGCGAAGGCCCUCCCGGCUGCGUCACGCAGGAGAAACUUAGACUUUCAACUUUUUAGAGACAACUCAGGGACGACACGGUAACCCGCGUCGACCCUUCGCCGCUCCGUGCGCCAACUG